UUAUCUACUGGCAGCCCUGCACUCGAGGUCACCACACUUGUCGGUGCCGGAUAGUUACGUAAAGAAUUCAUAAAUUUUCGUAACCACCUUGUCAACUUAUUUUGUACUUUUCGAUCGAAUUUGAAAAACGAAAAUGUUCUCUACCGUCUGCAGAGCUGGCCGUUUGGCCGCAAAGACGGUAGUAAACAACACCUCCGAAAAAGCACCAUUAGUCUCCGGAGCCAUCGUGAACAAACGGGAUUACGCAGCCAAAGCCGCCGGCAAGGGUCAAGGUAAGGUAGUGGCCGUAAUUGGUGCUGUCGUCGAUGUGCAAUUUGAAGAUAACUUGCCACCCAUCCUAAAUGCCCUGGAAGUACAAAACCGUUCCCCCAGGCUUGUCCUGGAGGUCGCACAGCACUUGGGUGAGAACACCGUCCGUACCAUCGCUAUGGACGGUACCGAGGGUCUGGUCCGUGGUCAGCCCGUCUUAGACUCUGGCUCCCCUAUUCGUAUCCCCGUCGGAGCUGAGACUCUCGGACGCAUCAUCAAUGUCAUCGGUGAGCCAAUCGAUGAACGUGGGCCGAUUCCCACGGACAAGACCGCUGCCAUCCACGCAGAGGCCCCUGAAUUCGUCGACAUGUCUGUACAACAAGAGAUUCUGGUCACCGGUAUCAAGGUCGUGGACUUGCUCGCCCCCUAUGCCAAGGGAGGUAAGAUUGGACUGUUCGGCGGCGCUGGCGUCGGUAAGACUGUACUUAUCAUGGAGCUGAUCAACAAUGUUGCCAAGGCCCAUGGUGGUUACUCUGUAUUUGCUGGAGUAGGAGAGCGCACCCGUGAAGGUAAUGAUUUGUACCAUGAGAUGAUUGAAUCUGGUGUCAUUUCUCUUAAGGACAAGACCUCGAAAGUAGCUCUGGUAUAUGGCCAGAUGAACGAACCUCCUGGCGCGCGUGCCCGUGUGGCCCUCACUGGACUGACUGUUGCUGAGUACUUCCGUGACCAGGAAGGACAGGAUGUGCUGCUGUUCAUUGACAACAUUUUCCGUUUUACUCAAGCUGGUUCAGAGGUAUCUGCCCUUCUGGGUCGUAUUCCAUCUGCUGUGGGUUACCAACCGACUCUGGCUACUGACAUGGGUACUAUGCAGGAAAGAAUUACCACUACCAAAAAGGGAUCAAUUACCUCUGUACAAGCUAUCUAUGUGCCUGCCGAUGACUUGACUGACCCUGCUCCUGCUACAACAUUCGCUCACUUGGAUGCCACUACUGUGCUGUCCCGAGCCAUUGCUGAGUUGGGCAUCUACCCAGCUGUGGACCCUCUUGACUCCACAUCCCGUAUCAUGGACCCCAAUAUAAUUGGUGCUGAGCACUACAAUGUUGCUCGUGGUGUCCAGAAGAUUCUGCAAGAUUACAAAUCACUCCAAGACAUUAUUGCUAUCUUGGGUAUGGAUGAAUUGUCUGAAGAAGACAAGCUGACUGUGGCCCGUGCACGUAAAAUUCAGAGGUUCCUCUCUCAACCUUUCCAAGUAGCUGAAGUGUUCACUGGACAUGCUGGCAAACUUGUGCCUCUUGAGGAGACCAUCAAAGGAUUCUCUAAGAUUUUGCAGGGCGAGUAUGAUCAUCUUCCAGAAGUUGCAUUCUACAUGGUGGGACCCAUUGAGGAAGUUGUAGCAAAGGCAGAAACUCUAGCUAAGAAUGCCUAAUUAUGUAACUUCCUAAUAUGAUCUAUUCCAUAAAGUAAUUUAUUGAAACAUCUGAAUUGUGUAGUACAAUAGACAUAAACCAAUAUGUAUACAUCAAAAAAGUCUUUCAAUGUAUCUACUAUACAAAAAUAAAUGAUUAUACAUA